AUGGUCAAAAUUGCUAUCGCCGGAGCCUCGAGCGGACUUGCCCGAGAGAUUCUCGACAAGCUUGUAGCUUCCGGGAAACAUGAUAUCAAAGCCCUUGUUCGAAAGAACCCUUCGGAUUUUCCUCAGCUUAAGAACGUUGAGUGGAUUCAAACCGAUUUCUCGGACAAGGCGGAGUUGGUCAACAUACUUGAGGGUGUGGACACUGUCCUCUGCUUUUUCGCUGUACACCUUGAUCCUGGCUCUGAGAACCAAAAGCGUCUCAUCAACGCAACUAUCGAGGCGGGAGUCAGGCGAUUCGCUCCGUCCGAGUGGGGGCCAGGAGUAAAGUUGGAAGAUUCAUUGGAUGCACUGUCUUGGUAUAGCGGCAAGAUUGAAGUUGUAAACUAUCUGGAGGAGAUCAAUGCGAAGGGAAAGGUUCUCGAAUAUUGCCGAUUUCAACCUGGUGGUUUCAUGGAUUAUUUCUGUCACCCUCAUCAGACAUCCAAGUACUUAAUCACCACGAAUGCCAAUAUCGAUUACGAAAAGCGAAGUGCGCUAGUAGUUGAGGGCACAAUGGACGACAAGAUGGUGUACACUUGCGUCACGGACAUCGCUAGUGUGGUCACUUCAGCUAUAGACUAUAGCGGGGAAUGGCCGGUAAUUGGGGGAAUUAGCGGCGACCGAGUUACCAUCCGUCAGCUUCUGGAUAUCGGAGAAAGGGUACGAGAACACAAAUUUACUAUCGAGUGGCUCAAAAUGGAAGACGUCGCUGCGGGCGAGCUCAAAACGGACAAUUACCCUCGCAUUGACCUGCCUUCUAUACCACAAGAUCGAGUCGAGGCGUUUUCCAAGAUGGCCAUUGUUGGUAUCUUAAAUGCUUACCACCGUGGGGUUUAUGAUGUCUCAGAUGAAUGGAAUCAGCUGCUGCCAGAUCUUAAGUUUACAAAGGCUGAUGAACUCUUGGGGCGGGUUUGGGGAAGGAAGACAGUCAGCCAAGCCUGA